UGUAUAAUCUAAGUCAAAUAGAUGAUCAUGUUGUCAUUUACAAAUCGACACAAAUCGACACAGUGACAUUAGUUGCUCAAUAUAAUAUAAUUAGACAUGUAUAAACAAUAAGAAAAGCAGCCAUUUAAAAGGCUACAUAAAAUAUAAAUCAUGAGCCAAUAGCCUGGCAUGUGGUCCCUACUGAUCUCCUCACUCAGUGAAUGGUCCAUAACGGAAGCAGGCCAGAAUCGAAUAACCACUUUCUCUCUAAACAAUUCUCAUCCAAUUAUGUCCCCAAGCCUUUCAUCUCAAGUUACUGCGCUCGCUCUGCGCACUGGGUGACCGCGACCACCUUGUGCCGCAUUACUCGUUUUUGCAAAAUAUCAAGCGAUCAAGCCGCAAUCUAUUUUUAGAAGCCGAACGAGGCGGUGGUUUGUAUGGUCGGUGUUAUGCUUUCAGAUUGUUGCCAUGAGCCGAUCAUUUAUGGUGCGUAAACUCAUUUGGAGACGGGCCGGGCGCAGUGUGUGUAUCCAAGCAACAAGCUUCAGCAAACUCAAAGGGAUAAAGGUUACAUUUACAGUAGAUGAACGGGGAGGUGGAUUGUCGAACAUUAUUCAGGCACCCAGUGCAAGCUUAGAGAUUCUGCUGGGAUUCAUAUUUUUGUCUUUAACACCAGAUGUAGAUCAUGUGGGGAGUUAAUCAACACUUUUAUGGAAUGUAUAACUGAGUGGAAUUAUUUACAAAUGAUGAUGACAGAUUUUAAACCCGGACCUCUGUAUUUCUUUGAUCAGCCAACAGGACUGGGACGUAAGAAGUGCCCCAGAAUGCCCUUGGAGCAUUGCUUUGAUCUAGCAAAUGGGGGCGUGCGCUUGGCACCAAUCAGAAGUGAGUGUGUUAACGAUGACAAAUAUGAAGCAAAGAAUGAAGACAAUGCACACAAAGUGCAAAAUAAUCCCUCUACCACUGGUAAACCAGAUACCUGGCCCUCUAUCAACGGAGCGUUGGACAUGGGUGGUGAUGAGAGGAAUCCGGAGGCCGCGGCGGUGCCAGCAGACUGGUUGGAUGACAUGGACCCGAUGGAUGCAUACAAGCAUAUGGCCCCUCAGUUGUUGAGCGAGUUGGGGAGUGUGCUUUUGCAGUAUGAAGGGAGUGAGGAGGGAUGUAUUCCACACGGCCUUGUGAACGUUCUGAAUUACUCAUGGAAGGAUUUGACCGCAGGGGCAGUUCAUGUCAAACCAUCUUGGAAGUUGGGUGUCGGCAGCGGGAGUGGUGAUGGCGGGAAACCUUGCAAGUCGAAGUGCUCCAUGAAUUUCGAUGACACUCUUCGGCAGAUGGCGGGAAAGAGAAAGACAAAACAGAAACCGUCCAAGAUGGAAAAUGGGUCUGAGAGGCAGCCUCAAGACUCCAAUUUACGCAAAAGAUCCUCAGUUUCCCAUGCACAAAAAGCUCAUGUGGCCACAACUAUAAGUUUCUCCAUCUCUUCAAAAACCUAUGAAGAGCAAGGUUGGAUCGUCCAGCCUAAGGAGCCAAUCCAUGAGGAACCUCAGUGGACUAAGCUGUGUCGUUGGGUGGUAGAGAGGCUACAACUGGCUAAGAUACCCAUAAAACAGACAACGGAGCAGGCAGAGAGUGGGCUGAACAAACCACCCAUCCUCCGUCACUAUGGGGAUGCCAAGCCACAUGUUAAACACCAGAAGAAGACAGGAGGAGGAAGCGGAGGAGGAGGCAAGACCUGGCCUUACCCUCAGAUACCAGAGGUGAACCAGGAGGACCAAGAUUCACCGCGGCAGAAACUACACUACAGGAUAAAUGAUGGUUCCUCCUUACUAUACUACCCGUCUGGUUUUGUAGCAGUGUGUCAGAGCCACUCGGGUCUGUCCUGUGGAGGGUUCUAUACUAACGUGUUCAGUGACCAACUCAGCCCUGUUACACUGGCCAGCAUCACCGCAGUAGGACGGGGCGCCGUCACACACCCACUCAGUGGGACUGUUACUGCUGUGUGGGAUCAGCGUGGUGGGAUGACGUGUGACCCAGAAGGAGCUGUCACUAAGGAAUGGAUCUGGCAGACUGGGGUUAAGGAGAGGAUAGUCAUUCAGGUGUCUGAUCAGAUCUCCGUACGGAUGUUGAGCGGUACCUGUACCACCCUCAGCUUUAAGAGUCAGAAUGAGAGUGUCCAGCUCCCACUGUCCCCCCUGCCCAACAUCAUCCCAACUAAAGAAGCCGCCUGUCUGCAGACUGAGGGGGCGUUCACCUCUCUGGCAGCCCAGGAGCUCUCCCUGAGUAAGAAGCACCAGAAGAACCAGGACCAGCCCAGAGACAGCAAGAGGGUUUCAGUGCGUUCCAGUGAGGUGCUGACCCGGGAGGUGGAGAAGCUGGAAGAACCCUGUCCCUUCAGGAGAGGAGGAGGACGGGCAGGACGAGAGCUGAAAAGACUCCAGAGAAGAAUAUGUAAUAUCCUGGACGACUGGCUGGAGUUCUACCGGGUCGCCACAGGUAUCAAGUGCCCAGAUAUAGAGCGGAUGUCUGAUGGUCCAAUGCGGCCCAGACUGAAGAGAGAGGGCCAGUCAGCAGCCCUGCCCUCCCUCCACCCCACCACAGGGCUGUCAGACAGUACCCGGGGUCUACCAGAGGGGGGAAGCACUGCGCUACUUGCCAGCACCAGACACCUGCCUCUGUCUGCACCUACAGAUGUCCUCCUGCCAGGCUCCACCCACAAGUUGUCAUGGACAUUUUCUCCAAAGAGGCAGGGCAAGGAGGGAAGAGAGGAGCCCCUUCAUUUCACACAGUCAGGGACCUUCAGAGUCCACAGCAACAUCAGACUGGAGUCUGUAGUGAUCCCGAGAUGCAGUCCGGAGCUCCGUCUCGCUGCCCAACUCCCCCACUACACAUCCUCCAGUCCCUCCACCCCUUACCCCCUCUACAGCCCGUGUCCUGCCCAGCUCAGGGCCGCUCUCCUGGGGUUAGAGGGCCGGACUCACAGGCUGUGUCGCUGUCGCUCCAGGACCAUGCCAAUCCUGACAGAUCAGGAGUAUGAUGCCUUCAUCUGGGGCCAGCCCCCCCACAGUGAACAGAUCCUGGUGGUGUGUGUGACACGCCCGCACCAGACCCCCCUCGCCCCUCACAUCCCCUUGCUGCCCAAUGAGGACAUGCUGGAGCUGCUCUACGAGAGGAUGAAUAAGAACAGGACAAUGCCAUGCACUCAGGUUGAUUUACACACAUUUACAUGAAUAAGAACAGGACCAUUUACACGGGGGUUGAUUUACAUACAUUUACAUGACGGUACAUUCCAUAUCGGGACGUACAAUGUAUCUAUAUAAUUCCACUCUUGAGAUUA